AUGGAAGCAGCAUUGAAAACGUUCUUUUUGAGCCCGCGCUUCGCCGUCGCUGGCGCAUCUUCCGAUCCUACUAAAUUCGGCCACAAGACUACUGACGCUGCUUUACAGUAUUCGCGUGGUACCUCGCCCCACACCCUCCCCGCAACCCCUAUAAACCCCGGUUCCCCCACCGUCAACAUCAUGAACCGCGACUAUACCACGAUACCCUCUCCAACCGCUCUCCAAGAUCCCCCGGCAUCAAGUUACUCUCUAUCCGUCAUCACGCCCCCAUAUGUGACGAAGACAUUGCUCAAAGAGGCGAAAGAAGCGGGGAUCGUGGCUGUUUGGCUGCAACCUGGCAGUUUCGAUAGAGAGGUGUUGGAAUAUGCCAAGAACAACUUCCGAGCAGCGAUUGCAGGUGAUGGAGGAAGAGGAGGAGAGGGGUGGUGUGUACUUGUGGAUGGAGAAGAAGGGCUGAGGAUAGCUGGGAGGGAGUGGUCGAAGCUGUGA